UUCCAAAGAGCGCAGUUUCCAACUCUCCUUCCAUCUCCACAACACAACAUUGGGGGCGGGCAGGCUGGGCCUAAGCUGAGGGAACUUCGGGCAAACAGACAGACAGAGAGCCUGGUCGGACACAGCAGCUGCGGUAUCGUUGAACGCACAAUUAAUGUGCGAUCUGGGCUUUAGCUUUUAAAAAAUGGCAAACGUCAAAAAAGUGGUGGUGAAGAUGGCUCCGAGCGACAAGAGGUCGUGCGGACAGGUGAUCGAUGAAUGGAAGGAGUUUGUGUGGAAUUCCAGGACACAGGAGUUCCUGGGCCGGACGGGCAGCAGCUGGGCUCUCAUCCUGCUGUUCUAUGUGGUGUUCUACACCUUCCUAGCGGGACUCUUCAGCCUGACAAUGUGGGUGAUGCUGGAGUUGCUGAACGACUACAGCCCAAAGUACCAGGACAGAAUUACCAACCCAGGUUUGAUGAUCCGGCCAAGAGCUGACAGCCUGGUGGUGGGUUUCAACGUGUCGCAGAGAGCCUCCUGGCAGAACUAUGUCAACGCCCUCAACAUGUACCUGGACUCGUACAACGACAGCGUGCAAUUGUCGAUCAACGACCGGUGCAAGCCUGGGGGCUACCACCCACAGGAGGACAGCGGCGACGUGAGGAACACGCCCAAACGAUCCUGCCAGUUCAACCGCACCUCGCUGGGCCAGUGCUCGGGCCUGGAGGACAGGACUUACGGCUACGGAGACGGCAAGCCCUGCAUCCUUGUCAAGAUGAACAGGAUCAUCGGGUUCCUUCCAGGAGCAGCUAUGACUCCAUACGUGUCAUGCAGCAGCAAGGAUGGAGACGUGGGCAAAGUUCAGGAGCUGCGUUACUUCCCCCCCAACGCAACGUUGGACCUGAUGUACUUCCCGUACUACGGGAAGAAGGCGCACGUGAACUACACGCAGCCGGUGGUAGCCGUGAAGUUCCUGAACAUCACAAACAACGUGGACAUUAGGGUGGAGUGCAAAGUGCAUGCCUCGAACGUGAAGAACAAGGACGAACGGGACAGGUUCGCCGGCAGGGUGGUCUUCACACUCCACGUCGGCCUGGCCCUACCGGGCUCCCGCUAAUCCCUUUCAAUCUGUGGCGUGGGCAGGUGGUGAGAGACUGUGGUUG